AUGCUACCCUCGACACAAGCCGAGGCUUCUCGAAAGUCUGUACUAAGUACCGAUAUUCUUCUACCUAGUAUUCACUUGUUCAGUCUAGCUAACCCAAGCACACUUCCUUUGCUAGUCAAGUUUAUCAAAGCAUCAUCCACAAACCCUCUCGUGGUCUCGAAGCCAAUACGGUGGAUUAUACGACCUGAAUCCAUCGACCCAAGCUCCCUGCUUGAACCCAGGUGGGAUCUCCUACUCAUCCUCGAGGAUAACCAAGCCUCCAAAGAUCUUGUGUCCUCUUUCUUCUCAGCACAGCCUUAUGCCCCUAAAGCAGACCGUAACGACAGCUUCUCCAUCAAACACCACUGGACAACGACAGCAGGCGUCCCUAGCCGCUUAACCAAGGACUUCCAAACCAAAACGAAUCCAGCACUCCUCCAUCCUGCAGCCGGAUCGACCCCAGCAUUGACAGGUGCACUAGACGAUCCCCUCCUCAACUCAACCUCUCAGGACCUGUCCCUUUCUUCCGAACUACAAUCCUGGAUCGGCAAGACUGAAUCCUCCCUGCCCGUGCACGGCGCAGUAUCCAUGCUCAACUUCCUCUCCUUCAAGCCGGGCAUGAAAUCGUCCUACCUGAAAUACGGUGCUGCUUUCGCCGAGACGAUAGGUGCCAAGCGAGGCGGAAACGCCAAAUUGGUAGGCAAUAUCGUCCAUGCUGAUGCUGCUAGUAGUAAGAAGGAGGAGAAGGAGGGCGUCUGGCAUGAAUUCGCUUUGGCGCACUAUCCUAGCUUGCUGCAUUUUGCUGAUAUGCUUGCGAGCAAGGACUAUCAGGAGGUUAACCAGAAGUAUCGUGUGCCUGCACUUGGCGACACGUGCAUUUUGUGCACUAGCGAGCUUGAGAUUGAACAGAUAGUGGAGAAGCUAGAAAAGGAAGGAGGACAGAGUAAAGCCAAGCUCUGA